GACCUCAUGCAUCACUCUAUGGGCCAAAAUACAAUUUUUGGAUGUUCCACAGCUGGUCACAGCGGCAUUAACCAAUUAGGGGGAGUUUACGUCAACGGCCGGCCGUUACCGGACUCGACCCGCCAAAAAAUCGUAGAACUGGCUCAUUCCGGAGCGCGACCCUGCGACAUAUCCAGGAUCCUCCAGGUGUCCAACGGCUGCGUGUCCAAGAUCCUGGGGAGGUACUACGAGACGGGCUCCAUCAAGCCGAGAGCCAUCGGCGGUUCCAAACCCAGGGUGGCCACUGCGCCAGUGGUCAACAAGAUCGCGGAAUUCAAGAGGGAAUGCCCGUCUAUCUUUGCUUGGGAGAUCAGGGACCGGUUGCUGUCCGAAGGUGUCUGCAAUAACGACAACAUUCCAAGCGUGUCAUCAAUAAACCGAGUCCUCAGAAACCUGGCGUCACAGAAGGAGCAGCAAGCCUCUGCCCAAAAUGAGUCAGUUUAUGACAAACUGCGGAUGUUUAACGGGCAAACGCCGGGCUGGGCCUGGUACCCUGGCACCCCUACCGCUCCGCAUCUUGGCCUUCCUCCAGCUCCUACCGCUCUCACCAGCCAGAUAUCCAGGGAAGACAUCCAGAAGCGAGCCGACGUGAUGCACGAGAACACUUCGGAUGGAAAUUCUGAGCACAAUUCUUCCGGAGACGAAGAUUCGCAGCUGAGGUUGAGACUGAAAAGAAAAUUACAGAGAAACAGGACUUCCUUCACAAACGAACAGAUCGAUAGCCUAGAAAAAGGUAGAAUUUUGAUUUCAGAAUUUGAGCGAACUCAUUAUCCUGAUGUCUUUGCCAGGGAGCGACUAGCGGAGAAAAUUGGAUUACCUGAGGCACGUAUCCAGGUGUGGUUUAGUAACAGAAGGGCGAAGUGGAGGCGAGAAGAGAAGCUUAGAAACCAGCGGCGAUCCGUGGAUCAAGUCGGCGCUAUCAGCCCUCCUUCCUCUGCGGGUCGCCUUCCUAUUAAUUCUGGAUUUAACUCCAUGUACUCCUCAAUCCCGCAGCCCAUCGCUACUAUGGCGGAUACUUACAGCUCCAUGCAGAACGGAUUGACUUCGAGCUGCCUCCAGCAAAGGGAAGCAACAGGCUACCCAUACAUGUUCCACGAUCCACUUCACUCUUUGAGUUCAUCAUACAAUGCCAGAAGUUGUAAUCCAGCGGUGGCUCACGCACAACCAACUACACACCCCUCGUACGCGGCCAACGCACCUUCCUCUGUACCUGUCUCAACUGGCACUGGUGUGAUAUCAGCAGGAGUCUCCGUGCCCGUGCAGAUCCCCAGCCAGUCGUCGGACCUGGCCUCUAGUUACUGGCCCCGAAUUCAGUGAUCUCAACUCUUCGGUUUUCCGCCGCCGAGCCUGCUCGUGCCCCAGGAAAACCCGA